UCCCUCUGAUAAAGAGAAUGUGCUUUGCUCCUUUUCAUCCUGCACUUUUGUUUUGGGCUUCAUCUGGUGCACAUCGCCAAGCUUAAACCAUUUCUUUCCGUUCACAGCUGAAUAACUUCUAUAACUCGAUUUUGCAGCUUCACGGAGCCUUGAGAUAUUCUGUCAGUUCGGUUUGACACAUAUAUCUGUUCCCUGGAACAGCAUCUGUGAUGAUUUUGAACACGACUGCCGGGCCAUCCCUGGAGCUGUCUGACAGGGAGCUGCUGGAGUGUAACCAUACAGAGGCCUGGGACUGGGUGUACUCCAUUCAGCCGGCCUACAUGUCUGUCAUCUGCUUUCUGGGUGUGUUCAGCAAUGCCUUUGUCCUGUCUGUGUUCUGCAUCCAGAGAGGGCACUGUUCUGUCGCGGACAUCUAUCUGGGGAACCUGGCUGCUGCAGAUUUGCUCAUGGUCUCCUGCCUUCCCUUCUGGGUCAUCACGGUCAUCCACAAGUUCAACUGGUCAUUCGGUGAGCCAAUGUGCCAACUGGUCAGCCUUGUAAUUGGUAUGAAUUACUACUGUAGUGUCCUGUUCCUUACGCUGGUUAGCCUGGACCGUUACCUAGUGCUGGUGAGGCCCAUGUCGAUGGGCAGGCGAAGAGGCGCCAAACAAGCCAAAGCCAUCUGUGUAGUAAUCUGGCUUGCUGGAUUUUUCCUCAGCCUUCCUGCGUUGCUCUUUCGCUCAGUGCGAUUUUUCCCUGAAUUAGAGGCUGAGGCAUGCUACCUGGAAUACCCUCAUGACGGUUGGAGGGUGCGCUACAACAUGACGGUCAAUGUGGUGGGCUUUCUGGUCCCAGUGCCCCUGGUAUGCUAUUGUAGUUAUCACAUCAUCACAGCCCUCGGGGACAAACAAGUCAGGAGGUGCUCAUCUGUAUCAACAGAAAGAAAGGCUGCAGUCUUGGUGCUCGCUGUCCUGUUCGUUUUUGUUCUCUGCUGGCUGCCUUUUCAGAUUUGUAUGUUUCUGGACACCCUGUAUUACUUUAACAUUAUCUCUGGUUGCCUCUGGAUCAACGGUCUGGACAUAGCAACCCAGCUGUCCACCUACCUCGGGUACAGCAACAGCUCUCUCAACCCCUUCCUGUACGUGAUAGUAGGUAAACACUUCAGGCAAAGAGCUAAAGGACUUUUCGUGCAGUUUCUGAACUUUGGAAGUCAAGGAGUCUCUCCUGCUUACAAAAUCUCAAAAAACUCAAGUCUCAGAAACACAGAGUCCACCAGGCUGUGAGCUGAUGUUGACGGAGUUGCAGCGAUUCCACAGUGCCCUCUUCUGUAAGGUGAUUGUAAUGACUAGUAAACUGAUCCAGGCCUCUUACUGACUGUCUUUUUUUUUGCACUAAAUUUUUGAAUUAAUUAGGAAUGCAACAAAUAUUUGACAACUAAAAUAUAUUACACAGAAAAUGGCAAAAAAAAAAGACUUCUGGUGUCAUAUUGUGCUUUGUUAUUGUGCCUGCUGGGAUGUUAAAACAAUUCAGAGUGGAAUAAAUAGUUUGGAAAAAGCAUAACAACAGUUAUUUGCUGUGUAACCGAGAGAAGAAGAGCAAAAUAAAGUGUGGCUGCUAUUUUCCCUCAUUGGGUCUGAGUGCUUUUUAUUUUAUUAAUAAUAAAGUAUUAGGCGAACCCUAAUAAGCUUGGUUACACUGGUGGCAGCGGUGGGAUAAUAAUUUGUUAUGGGUUUCUGUAGUUACUACUAUUUGGUGUUCUAAUAAUGUUGUUGGCUAUAUUUGUUGUGUUUAUUUUGAGGUCAUAGCUGUCACAGUUGCAGUUAAUAAACGGGGACGUUGAAAAAUGAAAGGGCGGGACAUAUGUAACCGAAUAUAUAAGGAAUAUUGAGUUAUGGAAUGUGUAUGUACACUGAAUGUCCUGCUGGGGUAGCCGUAGGGCAGAGAGAAAAAAAAGAGAGAAGAAGAGCAAAAUAAAGUGUGGCUGCUAUUUUCCCUCAUUGGGUCUGAGUGCGUUUUAUUUUAUUAAUUAUAAAGUAUUAGGCGAACCCUAAUAAGCUCGGUUACAGCUGUAUGUCAAGCAACAAGAAUGAAAAGUGCUAUUAUGUUUUGUUGGAGGGGCUUACAGCUUGAUAUGUCAUUGUAUAUUUAAAAAAAUAAUAAACUUUUCCAUUACUCUUUACACCUAGUCUUAGCUUCAAAAUCUUUUUGCAAUAUUAUUUUUUUAUGGAUGGAAAACACAUUAAUCUAUAGAGCAGAAAACUCUGAUCUGGUUUAAAUUGUAAAACUUAAAACAUGCCUUUUUCAUCAUCAUGGAAAUGAAUGAGAUUCCA